ACCUGCCGUAAACCUUACGUCAAUUGCAGUAUUCCAGUUUGUGUUGUUUGAAUUUAACAGCAAUGAGAAUGUGGAUAUUGUUUAUCAAGAUUUGUACACUUACUGCGUAUUUUGCGGCGCAACAUUCUGCAUUUGCUCUUCAAAAUGUAACAGCUGACUUGUUCGGGUCGGAAAACUAUGGCACUGUGGCUGCUUUCGGGGAUUUCAACUCGGAUAAGCAGACAGAUAUUUUCAUCAUCAGAGAACAAUGUGAGUUGGUGAUAUUCCUGGCUGACCUGAAAGCCCCCUACUUCAAGCCAAAAGUGCAUAUCACUAAAGAUGAGUUGCCCAAAGAUUUCAUCAUCACUGGAGUGGUCCCUGGAGACUAUGAUGGGGAUUCUCAGAUGGAUGUGCUUCUUACCACUCAGCUGAAGACCAAGACCACCUCGGACACCAGGGUGUUUGUCUUCUGGGGAAACAACCAGACACUGGAUGGGAAGGUUGACCUUAAUAAGACAUUUGUGGAUCAACCUCUUAUCAUGGACUUCAAUGGGGACAUGAUUCCGGAUAUCUUUGGAGUUAUUUCCACGACUGUCCCUGAGUCUUCCACGGAAGUCUGCUAUCUUACUGGAAGGAACGCUGUGUGGCAGCCAGCCCUUACUCUACCAGUCAAGAUGCGUGUUCCCCAUUCCAAUGCUUUCAUCGACCUGAACAGGGAUUUCACCGCCGAUUUGUUCCUCACAACACACGAUGGCACCAAUCUAGGCUUUGAGACAUGGAUUAAUAAGGAUGGGAACUUCACUAGAACACCCUUCAGAAGUAUCCCUGAAAAAUUCAAGAAAGUUGGCCAGUCCUCUUUUGUCGACUUCGAUGGCGAUGGCUUCCAGGACCACCUUCUCCCGGCGUGUCUGGACGACUCAUGCCAGAGGAGCGCCAUCUACCUAGCUAAGCCCGGGGACGCUGAGUUGCAGUUGGUGCCAGUCCUGACUGACUUCCAGCAGAGGGAGACCCUCUGGGGCUUCGUGCCUCCCCUGACCAAGCCUCCUGCUGGGGAGCUACAUAACCCCAUCACCCUGCACCUGGGAGACUACAACCUGGAUGGCUUCCCCGACGCCCUGGUCAUCCUGCGCAACACCAGCGGGAGUGGCCAGCAGGCCUUUCUCCUGGAGAAUGUUCCUUGUAACAACGCCAGCUGUAAAGACGUGGGCCGCAUGUUCCGUGUCCACUGGGACCAGUCUGACCUGGGAGCCAUUGCCGGCGCCACCGUCGCCACCUUCUUUGACAUCUACGAGGACGGAAUAUUAGAUAUGAUCGUGCUCAGCAAAGCAGAGGGGAAGGAGAGCUUCGUCAUCCACGCUUUGAAGAACAACUUUGAGGCCGAUGCGUACUUUGUUAAAGUGAUCGUACUCAGCGGACUCUGCUCCAACGACUGCCCCGGAAACGUCAGGCCAUUCGGUGUGAACCAGCCUGGUCCCUACGUCAGCUACACCACCGUGGACUCCAACGGCUACCUGAAGAACGCCUCAGCCGGCCAGCUGAGCCAGUCGGCCCACCUCUCCCUGCAGCUGCCCUACACAGUCCUGGGCCUGGGGCGCAGCGCCAACUUCCUGGACCAUCUGUACGUGGGCAUCCCCCGGCCCCCCGGAGAAACGGAUAUGAGGAAGCAGGAAUGGACGGCCAUCAUUCCCAAUUCUCAGCUCAUAGUAAUCCCUUACCCACACAACGAGCCCCGCAGCUGGAGUGCGAAGCUUUAUCUGACGCCCAGUAAUAUUGUCCUGCUGACCGCCAUUGCUCUGAUUGGCGUGUGCGUUUUCAUCCUGGUCAUCAUCGGCGUCCUCCACUGGCAAGAGAAGAAAGCGGACGACCGGGAGAAGAGACAGGAAGCACACCGGUUCCAUUUCGAUGCCAUGUGAUGGAGUACAGGAAGACAUGGACCUCUGGAUGCAGUCCUACCUGCUUUCUGUACCUUUGAAGUUUGCUGGUCCACUAAAUGAUUUCUUUGAGCCCCUUAACCCUCUUGAGGAUGAGCCAUUUACAAGUGUAUGGAGAUUUCCAUGACGUGAUCAAAUGUAAAAGACACCAAAAGUGUCUUCUCUUAUCAUUGCACCGAAUUGGUCGGAAUUUGAACAUGUUUGUAUAUAUGUACACACACAUUUCCUCACACAUUUCAAUGGCCCUAGUGGUGGAUGUGCCCCAAUCCAAACAAGACGACUGAGCGAUAUCCCAGGAGAUAUGUUCAUCAAAUGGUUUCGUUCAGCUUUUUUCGUGUGCUAUGAAUGUCAAGUGGGCGCUAACAGCUGAAGUUGCCAUUUGAAAGUAGUGUAUAAGUCGUCCUAAUCGGCAAAACACAAGUGAUUGGUUUCUUUUGGGGGCAUUGAUAUCAUAAUGCUACUUAAAGCCUUAUGUAUGUCCGGUCAUCCACUGACUGCCCGUAUGUUUUCUGUAUAUUGUGCUUCAAAAGGUUAAUGUGUUAAUGUACUAUUGCCAGACUGUCAACUGACCCAUGCAGGGUAAUGGAUGUAUCCGUUGAGCUCUACUGUAUAUAACUACUAACUGUCUAUCUGUACACGCUCCAUUAUUACUGUGCAUGUCAGGUUGAUUAUGUACUGUUCCCCUUCUUGUUCCUUUGAAAUACAUGACAAUAUGUCCUUGGUUGACAGCACCUUCUCUCCUCUGCCCUCCGAGUGGUUUUGGAAGGGCACUUUCAUGGUCCAUUCACACCUCUGGUUUGGUCUUGUCCUUACUGUCCUCAGCUUUAAUCGAGAAGUAUUUUUCACCCAUAGUAAUCUUGCCAGUCUGUCAUGAUCAACUUGUUGUGUUUUUGGAGUGCCAAACACUUGAUUAUGUGUGUGAACCCUUCAAUGGGAUGGUGGUUGUCAAAUGGACCAAUUAAUAAUUCUGCUUACAAAGGGGAAUGGGGUUUGUUCUUUAACCAACAGAAAAGUGCAAUCAUUCUUGUCACCAAUGUAAAAGCCUCAUUUAUAUUUAUGUUUUGAAUCCUUUUUAAUGAACGUGGGAAAAGUUAUUGGAUGGUAUGGGUCUAACAUCCAGAUAUUUAUUUUAUCAUCUCAUGUCUGUGGUUUGCACUUUUUUUUAAACUAAUGAUUAAUAGUAAUGUGUCUAAUUUAUUUCAGUGUUGUGUUCGUGCAUGUGAAUUGCACAUUUAAUCAGAAAUGUUUUCCAUCAUUUCUGUUGAGAAUGUUUUUGGGAUGCUGGGUUGAAAAUUAAAGUGUUUAACAAGCUUAA